UAAACCAGGACAUACACGUUUCUUUAAAUCAGAAGAAACGUACAUCAAAGUGUUUAAUGGUAACAUUGGUAGUAUCUAGUUGCCUCUAUAUGGGAAUUUAGGUAGUGAGAAACACACGACAGGAACAACAAACGUGUUGGGAGCCUGUGGUAAACUACAGUAAUACUGAAGCUCCAUGAAAACAGAAUGAAUCAUGGAGGACCAGGAAACAUUCAUUAAAGGAGAUAUUUCUACAGGAUGCAGGCAGAGAUCAGACUCAUUGGAGUUAACCUGUGUAUCCAUGAAGAGUGAUUGGUCUAUGGAUGGGCCAUUAGAAUUUAAGGAAAGACACAAAUCAACUGAUCUGAGAACAAUCCACAUAGAUAAAUCCAACUCCUCAGAGUCCAGCUGUGUGUCCAUGAAGGGUAACAGAUAUUUGGGCAGUCCAGGAAGAUUUAAAGGAAGUGACACAUCAACUGAUCUGCGUCAUUACUCUCAACUGAUCAAAUCAAAUCUGCUGAAAAAGUUUCGGUGUCUGUAUGAAGGAACAGCGACGCAGAGAAACCCAACACUCCUGAAUGAGAUCUACACAGAGCUCUACAUCACAGAGAGUGAAAGAAGAAAGACAAGUAAUGAGCACGAGGUGAGACAGAUUGAGAAACAGUCCAGGAGAGCAGCAACAGAGGACACACCAAUCAAAUGCAAUGACAUCUUUAGGCCUUUACCUGGACAAGAAAAAACCAUCAGAACUGUGCUGACAAAGGGAGUCGCUGGCAUUGGAAAAACAGUCUCUGUGCAGAAGUUGAUCCUGGACUGGGCUGAAGGGAAAGAGAAUCAGGACGUCCAGCUCAUAUUUCCACUUCCUUUCAGAGAAAUCAACUUGAUGAAGGACAAAACACUCAGUCUUUCAGAUCUUCUUCAUGUAUUUUACCCUGACACCAAAGAUAUGGAAAUAUCUAGUGAUGAAUAUAAAGUGUUGUUCAUCUUUGAUGGUCUGGAUGAGUGUCGUCUGUCUCUGGACUUUAAGAGUAAAGUGAAACUGUGUAAUAUAUCUGAAUCAGCUUCAGUGGAUGUGCUGCUGAUGAACCUCAUUUUGGGGAAUCUGUUUCCCUCUGCACUCAUCUGGAUCACCUCCAGACCAGCAGCAGCUGAUCUCAUCCCCUCUGAGUGUGUCCAUCGAGUGACAGAGGUACGAGGCUUCAAUGAUCCACAGAAGGAGGAAUACUUCAGGAAGAGAAUCAGUGAUCAGAGUCUGGCCAAUACAAUCAUCUCACACCUGGAGUCUUCAAGGAGCCUCUACAUCAUGUGCCACAUCCCAGUGUUCUGCUGGAUCUCAGCCGCUGUUCUGGAGAAGAUGUUGAGUGAAGCAGAGAGUGGAGAGAUUCCCAAGACUCUCACUCAAAUGUACACACACUUCCUGAUCCUUCAGACCAACAUCAAACAUGAGAAGGACUAUGAGAAUACAGUCAAAGAUGAAGAUAUGAUCCUCAAACUGGGGAAACUGGCUUUUCAGCAGCUUGUGAAAGGCAACCUGAUCUUUUAUGCGGAAGACCUGAGAGAGUGUGGCAUUGAAGAGAAAGAAGCAGCAGUGUACUCAGGAUUGUGCACUCAGAUCUUCAGAGAGGAGUUUGGCUUGAACCAGGGGAAAGUCUUCUGUUUUGUCCAUUUGAGCAUCCAGGAACAUCUAGCGGCUCUAUAUGCACAUCUGUCCCUUAUGAAAAAUAACAGAAAUGUGUUUAUUACUCUGUCUUCUUGUCCUUUGAAGCAUUUGAAGAAUGCUUUAAAUGUUUCACUAUCUAAGCUGCAUCAGAGAGCUGUGGAAAAGGCCUUGAAGAGUAAAAAUGGACAUCUGGACCUUUUUUUGCGUUUUCUUCUGGGUCUCUCAUUGGAGUCCAAUCAGUCUCUCUUAAGAGAACUACUGACACAGACAGGAAGCUGCUCUUACAACAAAGAGAAAACAGUUAAGUACAUCAAGCAGAAGAUCAAGAGGAAUCGCUCUCCAGAGAGAUCCAUCAAUCUGUUUCACUGUCUGAAUGAACUGGGAGAUGAUUCACUGAUGCAGGAGAUCCAAGAUUAUCUGAAAUCUGGAAAAAUAAAAGAAACUAAACUCUCAUCUUCACAGUGGUCAGCUCUGGUUUAUGUGUUGCUGACAUCAGAGCAGAAGAUGGAUGAGUUUAAUCUGAAACAGUUUAUUGGAGAACAAAAUACAGCAGAUGAAGUUCUUCAGAAGCUUCUGCCUGUGGUCAAAGAAUCCAGAUCAGUUCAUUUGAGGGAUUGUGGUGUCACAGAAGAAGGUUUUAUUGCUCUGGCUUCAGCUCUGAGAUCAAACCCUGAACACCUGAAAGAACUGGAUCUGUCUGGAAAUAAACUAGGAGCAUUAGGAGGGAAUAUGCUUUCUGAUCUACUGAAUGAUCCUGACUGUAAACUGGAAAAACUGAAGUUGAGGGACUGUGGUGUGACAUAUAAAGGUUGUGCUGCUGUGGCUUCAGCUUUGAGAUCAAACCCCUCACACCUGACAGAACUUGAUCUGUCUGGAAAUAAACUAAGAUCAUCAACGAUGAAUCUGCUCUCUGAUCUGCUGAAGGAUCUUCAUUGUAAACUGAAAAUACUGGGGUUGAGGGACUGUGGUGUGACAUAUGAUGGUUGUGCUGCUCUGGCUUCAGCUCUGAGAUCAAACCCUUCACACCUGACAGAACUGUAUCUGACUGGAAAUAAACUAAGAGUCUCAGAUGUGAAGCUGCUCUCUGAUAUGAAAGAUGACCCAAAUUAUGGACUUCAGAUGCUUCUGUUUUAGAUGUUAGUCUGAUCUUCUCUGGAUCAGCUGAUGGUGAAUAAAGAGACACUACAG